UUGAGGACUGUGGGAAAGGAGCGUGCCAUUGGAGGCAGAAGAGGAAUCUCUGUCUGUCUGUGUCCAUGUCUCCGCUCUGUUCCCGGCUUCAUUCCGACAAAGACCGUCAACGUCCCGCCUGCUGUUCUACCUCUGGAUUUAAGUCGGCUGGAUUACCGCUUGGACUCGCAGCUCAUUAUUCCACGCUGCCACAUUUAAAUGGGAGGCAAAGUUGGACCUCCGUGGACUGCACAAAUGGUGACAAACAGUUUGAUUUGUCCGGCGAUUUUAGGAGCUUCCUAGCAUUCAAGAUGAUCUCACAUUUCUUCAGUAAACGUGUUUUUAUAUGUAAAAUAUUUUGAGCUCUUUCUCUUUGGUAUUGUAUAUUAAAAAGUAGGUUAGUUAUCUUGCAAUAUAACAUUCUGAACUUAGCUUUUAAGGCACAUUUUGACGUGGAAGAUGAGUGGGGAAGAGGGGUAGAGACAAGUCUCCUUCUUCCCCCCUUUUUUUUUUUUAAAAAAAAAGUCUUUCUUAAAACUGAAAAUGUAAGCGUAGCCCUUUUUCUCUGUGCUCUGUCAGAUUCUUAUUUUUGGUUUUACUUUGGACAGCAGGUCAACUUGCAUCUCUUCCAGUUCUUCCCUCUCCAAGGGAACCCUUAAACUAAACUCUUCUCUGUUAACCCACUUAGACGCCAGAUCUCCCCCGUGGGGGCUCCUCUAAAACGUCUGUCCUGCUAUAGGGUUUUUUUUUUUCUGUUUGGAGGAAAGCAAAAGUAAACCAGCAAAGGGGGGUAUAGAACAAGGAGUUACCCCCCUCCCAAAGGUGAGAGGGGGGGAAGAUGGCAGCUCUCGCCAGCUCUCUCAUUAGACAGAAACGGGCGGUCAAGGACGACCAAGCCAACCGGCCAGUAGCAAACAAGCGCAAGCCCUGUCCUAAGAACAACAAGUCCCUGUGCCAGAAACAGAUCUUGGUUCUGAUAUCUAAAGUGCGACUAUGCGGGGGUCGAAAAGGUCGAAACGACAAAAGACCGGAGCCACAGCUGAAAGGCAUUGUUACCCGGCUAUACAGCCAGUACGGAUACUACCUGCAGAUGCAGCCUGACGGCACCAUGGACAGCACAAGGGAUGAAGGCAGCUCAUUCUCACAAUUCAACUUAAUCCCAGUGGGACUGCGGAUUGUGGCAAUUCAGGGGGCAAAGACAGGGUUGUACCUCGCCAUGAAUAGUGAAGGAUACCUCUAUACCUCGGAGCACUUCACUCCCGAGUGUAAGUUCAAGGAGAGUGUGUUUGAGAACUACUACGUUACGUACUCGUCCAUGCUCUAUCGCCAGACCCAGUCUGGCCGCUCCUGGUAUAUCGGCAUCAACCGUGAUGGCCAGAUCAUGAAGGGCAACCGGGUAAAGAAGACCAAGGGAGCCGCACACUUCCUGCCCAAAGUUAUAGAGGUUGCCAUGUAUAAGGAACCAUCGCUACACGAGAUCGCCAGUGAGCCAGUGAGUCCUCCUCGGAAGACAGUGAAGACGUCAGAUUCGCCGACCCUAAAGAAUGGACGGAAAGAAGCUCCCAAGGCUGAUGCCUCAUAGCACAGGAGACUGAGGGUGGGACAAAGGGCAGCACUGACACUGGGAACACAGUCGCCCAUUAUGCACUGAGGGUGGCUGAGGCAAUGGCCAAAAUUGACCACCACAUUCCAGAAGUGCACUACAAGAUGCUGAGGGUUAAAGAGUCAGCAGUCCAUCAGCAGCCAAGAAGGCCUGAGAGAGGAGUCCCCACCUCCCCCAACCCCCUCACCUCACAGACCCACAGAAAGUAAGCCCAGGGUCUGCCCCCCCCCCCAACUCGCCUGUCCUACCGUCAGCCUCUUUCUCUGGCCCCAGUAACCCCCGAAUACACAGCAUUCUUCAUUUCCCUCAAGCGUCUUUGUUUCGCUGACAAUUUCACCUGUUCUCACAUGCCUACCCACAUCUGCUCUCUAAGACUGUAUAUUCACCAUUUCCAGCGCUGACUCUGCAUGAUAAUCUUCAGCCCUCUCUUGAGCCCUAAAGUCGGUGGCUGCAUGGCUCAGCCAGCUUUCCGGUCACCAUCUGCCUACCAGCUAAGCUAAUCACCAAGGUCAACUAAAACUCAAAGCGAGAUGAAACAGCUCAGCGAGGAAAGAAACCUGCGAGGAGCCCAGGUCAGCUCAGGUCAGGUCAGCAUGGCACGAUGAGAUUUAGAGAGAUUAACGAGGGGGUCAAAUUAUUUGCCGAUCAGUUUAUCACAUAACACGAUUUUUUUCUAAUUUUUUUUUUGGUUUUCCCUUUAAUCGUGUACUGAAAACUGGAAUUCGUGUCAGCCAGGGAGAAGCCGUGUCCGUAAAAUAUGAUAACGACGAUAAUAACGCGAGAUCAAAUCGACAGAAAGGUGGCGAUUCUUGAUGGAAAAUAAAGACAAGAACAGGACGUCUGGAUUCAAGAAGAUGUACAUGAAGCUCACGAGAGAGGCCACUUACAAAAGUGUGAUGAUUAAAAUAAAAUAACUAUCCCUCUAAGGAAGUUGAGCCAUAAAACACAACAUAAAUGCCUGAGCAACAUAUUACCAACAAGAAAGAAGAUAAUUCUUAGUAAUAAAUAAAAAAAGAGGGAGUUACACCCACUUCUUGUUCCAUGAUCUCCACCACUUGAUCACUAAUUAUUGCACUAGCUUGUUAAAGACUAAAAAUGAACAACUGGGUCGCGUUUUUCUUUUUUUCUUUCUUUUUUUUUUAAUAAAUCCGGUGCAGAUGUGAACUCAGGCACCUGAAAAGGAGCCGUAGUGUGUACACUUCACUCGGCAUCUGCUGUCAGAAUAAAGUCAAGUUUGAAGCCUGACAUCAAAGCCGGAGGAGCCUCUGAGCCGGAGCACUUGUUAUUCUGAGGAUGUCUGGCAGCUUAUCCACUCACUAGCUUUAUCAAAUCACCUUGGAAGAAUUGCCCUCAAAAAUGUAGUUGUCUGAGAGAAUGCCUUGGCGUGACUGUGUUUUAACCCUGGUGUACGGACGAUUUUUAGAGUAUGGAUGCACCGAAGGGUCUAUGUGUGACUGACUGAGCCUGAGCAGAGGAGCCACGGGUAACCUCAGCUGUGUCCUUCACACAGAGCACGACACAGUCUGUGAAAAGGUGAUACUUCAUCUGGCCUCUGUACCAUUUCCAGUCACUUUCCAUUUAAAACAAAACCGGAGAGGGUUUCUGGGCAGCCUCGUGGGCACUGAGCUUUUUUAAUUUAAUACUUUGUUGAGGUGCAAUCCACCAUAUGUUCUGACUCCAUCUGAAGCCCCUACAAUUUAAUAAAACUGCACUGACCUGAUGGAAGUUGAGGCUUCUAAACGGGAAGUGUCAGGGUGCUUCGGCGCUGCCUGCUGUUAGGUGCCGUCUGCUCUGGUGAGCCACUGAGGGGAAAAGAAAUGUCACCACAAUGUUCAGUCAAAGUGAGUGUACAUGGAUACCUUCAACAAACACAGACAGCAAUACGUCUUUAUGUCAGGAAGACUGUUGGGAAACAUGGAAGGCAAACUGUAAGUGCUGUUGAGAGAUUAAAUCAUGGUAGUUCUGUGCAUUGGCAAGUGUAUAGGACUGUAAUUGUGACAUAACGUGAAGGAGGGUUACAGGAUGUGCUGCGUUGAGGGGGUGAAGCAAGUCUUAAAACUGUGUGCGGAAUUGUAAAGAGGUCAUCACGGGGAGACGGUUAUUUAGAAAGAGUGAAGGAUUAGCAGGUGUAUUCUUCAGGAAUGCCGAUAAGGUAUUUCGGCAUGCGGCAUGUGGAUAUGAUAAUGAAUGUGAGACAAAGAAACGGCAGGCACCGUGCGCUAUUUAUGACAAGGAGGGUCUAUGUAUGGAGGAAAUCAGUUGGAGGGCUUUGCAUUUUUUUUUCUUUUUCAUUAAGUCGUUUCAUUUUCUGGGCUUUUCCAGGGGGAAUAUCACUCUGUUCAAAUUUGGAUAUUUUGCCCUUGUAGCCGAUUUUGUACUGGAGACCUACAAAUCUCUAUUUUGAAAAGGCAAUGCUCUGAGUCCCUGGUGAGUUUCGUACAGCCUAGUAGGAUCUCUAACUGCGGAUCACUGCCUGGCGUAAGAUAUCAAAGUGUGCUCACAGCAGGUGGCACACAAUGUUGCAUCUGUGUUUUUUUGAAAGAUCUUGGAGGUUCAAAGCAGUGGGAACAAAAUGAGACAUUUGUUUCUCCCCACGUACAAUACAUGAAGCAGGGCUACGGCUACUGACAGAAAAAUAUACCAAAUUAUAAUUUACCUGAAGGCCAAUUUUGUCAUUUUGUGAUUAAUUUCCUAUUGACUAACUAAUUGAGUAAUCAUUUCAACUUCACAGUGCACUGAAUCAGAUAGAAACAAAGUAAGUUUAUCAAAUGAACUCUCACACCGACUUUACUGUAGCUUUGUCCCUUCCUUUCCUCCAUAGGUUUCUACUUCCCAAACAGUCCCUCCUUUUGUAAUACUGAAGAACGCCACAGUAAGUUGUCAGAUGGUGACGCUGAAAGUAGACGAUGAACGGAGAACCUUAAGUAGUCUGAUGGAGCACCUGAAUGUGAGAUCUGAGCAGAAAAGUAAGUUGAAGGUGAACAUUUAAUGUAAAGUAACGUGAAUGUUGAGAAGUAGAGAGCAAAUAAUGGAGGCAAAUGCAGUCAAGCUGCUCAUGCUUUUGAAAGUUAAGUAAAGUAAGUGAAGAAUGUUAAAGUUAAGUAGCAAAAAGGAGAAUGUUAGCUGUAGAGUAGAAAACGUUUUAAGCAGGAAAGAGCUCGGUUUUGCUAAUGUGAGAAUGCGUUCACGGUACGUAAGGUCUUGGUGAUAACAAUGGAAGUAAAAACAAUGACGGAGUUUGCGCACCCACGCAUGAGAGUUUUAAAGCCAUAAUCCCUGUCCUACAAAGAUCACCUCAACCUCAGUGUCCACAGCCCAUUAACUUUCUUUUUAGCAUUAUGCUGCCUGUGCAGGCGUACACUCGCAGUGUCUUUAUACGGUCUGUGAGGGGGUGUGCAUGUGUGUGUGUGUGUGUGUGUGCAUCUAUGACUAAGAGUACGGUAAGACAAGACGGAGGAGCAAGGAGAAAAAGAAAGGGCAUGAGAUUGAAACAAUGAUCGAUACACUCAAUAAAACACAAUCGAGAGAACAGCCACCCUGCCAUGGGUGCGGAAAUUUCCCCAAGGUUGGCCAAAGACAGCAAAAUCCAUUUGUUCAUGACGAACUCAGAACUCAGUGUGAUUUCUUCCUGUAAACUCGACCGAGAGGCCAAAUGGACGACACAUCCGGGCCUCGAAACAGUUGAGCAGAACAGCGCAAGCAUCAGCAGCCAUAGUGUCUUCCAAGACACAUAUCUGAUAAAAGUUCAGGAGUAUAACAUACACUAAGCCACCUCUUGCACACCUAAAUUAUUUAAACGGAAGCACACUGCACCUUACAAGCUGUGGGCAUUGCCUGAAACGUCUGAAAAUUAACAAGCUGUGCAGGAAGGUUCUUAAAAGAUUAUGACAAACAGGGAAUCCCCGUACUCUUUCAGAGGCAAUAAAGAAUAUUACACAGCAGCUGAUUCAUCACAAAAUCAAACGUUUUAUUGCACUGUGUGAACAACUACCAACAUCCAGGGAAAACUUUGGGACAAAGCCAGGUAAACCUUUAUGUGAAGCGUAUUUCAAGAGGCAACGAGGCAUUUUUAUCACACUGAAUGCUGUAUAGCAUUGGAAGAGACUGGUGCAUUUAACAUUUUACUAAAUCUGCAUGUAUACCAUGUUGUCUUUCCCUUUUGUGAAAUCAUCCAAAAAAAAAAAAAAAAAAAAAAAACUGCAGCCCAUCUCAUUCCAGAAACAGUAUAUAUUGUGUACCACGCGGUUUGUCAGGUUAUGGGGAACGUCUAUGUACGACUAGCUCCCUCUAAUGGAUGCAGUCGGUGGCUGGAAGGCAAGAACAAGGGGCAAAAAGACACACCGCUUGGUUUGAAGCCAUAACUUCUAAUUGUAAUUUCAGUUCAUCCACUGCAGUGACAUAUUCUGAUGUUCACAUUUUUACACAAGGAAUUUUAAGAAAACAGUGCUUUAUUCCUGAUUUUCUACAGUCUGUGAUGAGAUUUUGCUGUUUACACCACGCUGUAAUUUGACGAUACUGAGCUCACCGGGGCUUUCUAAUGUGCCGUGCUAAGCUUGCUUUUGAUUUUUGUGUUUAUUACAACUCAUGUAUUAUAAUUACUUACGGUACUAAUGAGAGUAUUCUGUCUAUGAUGAGUUCCGCAGAAAGAAAAAAAAAAAGAAAGAAAAUUGGAUAAACAAAACGAGGUACUAUGCUACUUUUUUUCCCCUGCUAAACCUACGUGGGCAUAAAAGCUACGCAGCUAAUUAUUUGGGGCAUGUUUGUGAAGACUGAACAACUCAAAUCCUGUGAAUUCUGAACAUAAAUCACUCCUUGAAUUACAAUGGAUAUCUGCCACUGUCCCUGAGUUAUACUAAUAAUAUUCCAAACAGGACAGAAGUCGGCUGCAGUGCUGAAUAUCUGUAAUUACGUCGGCAUUCAUUUAAAGUGCAAAAUGCAGAAUUUUGCUGACUGGAUCCCUGCACAGCAUAGCAGUAUGUUUCCAGUCGACAAAACCUGCCUAAAGACAUAAAUGUAUGGAAUGCUUCCAGUUUACAUGUAUGUUUUGUCAGUAAUACAGUUAUCGUGUGUCUGAUGAACUAUAUCGGAUCUUGUUUCCUCAGAAAUGUACUGACGUAAUCUGUGUUGAUGUAUUUUAUUUGCCUUUGCCGGUAGUUGUUCUACCUUGCCAUGUUCCCUUUCUGACGCACACCCCUAAGACGGAGGCAGAAUACUUGCUCCUAUCUGUUGUGUUUUCGUCAGCACCAUUGUGUCCACACUGAUACGAACCUUGAGUGAAAUUCAGCCCAGGUGAAUCCUCCGUCCGGACUGUGUUUGCAAAAGAUGCAACAUAUUCAAAAGAGCAGGAGAAAAACUCCUGAAGCCAACGUUUGUCCUGCCACGCCCAGCAAUGGGCUAGGCAGUCACAGGGUUAAGUUCACGCCUUCCAGAAAGUCUUCCAGAGAGGCCCCACGGUCGUGUUCCCCCACUCUUACAGACUCUUGACUUCUCUCUCAAACCAAUCCCCUUGUCUUCCUUAAAAACUGACACUUAAAAUUUUAAAAAGGACAAAAAAAAACAAAAAAGAAAAGCCAUAAAUAAAAAUGGGCCUUGGCGCUGAUUAGUCAGAGAGAGCAGGCCUGACUCCUCAGGCACCUCCUGAGUGUUACAGGGAUUUAGAUUCAUGUUGGACUCCUUACAAUAAGAGCCAAAAGCAGCAGCAGGAACACACUGGCUUUUCUGAAACACUCCGAAAAGCAGCAGAGCAGCAAGAAGACCAGCAAUAUGCAACGCGUACUACCAGCCUGCACUCAAGGAGGAGAAGCAAAUCUAACAGGCUAACUGGAAUCAGGAUUUGGAGGCUACAAAGGCUGUGAUCUGCAAAAAUAACUACUAAUUGCCCUGACUAAGAUGGGAUUUUUUUUUAAAGCAUGUAUACAUCAGUGUUCUUUGGCUCUCUAGGGAUGACUCCCUCUCAGUAUCUACAGACACAAGCCCUCGAUUCACCCUCUCUCCAUGUUUGCCAUCAGACCUGUGUACAUUUCUACAAUUACUCCUAUAUGAAUUGAAAGGAGAUGUCUUAUUCUGGAAUAUUACUCAAUAAAAUAACAUAUAUUUGUAUGAUUGUAA